AUGCUGCUCCUGCCAGAGGCCCCGCGGUGGUACUUGAAAGACCACAGGAUCGAGGCGCUUGGCGGGACCCGGGCCGAAGAUGUGCUGUUCCCACCAGCGUGGGAUGGCAAAGCUUUGGCGCCUGGCACCCCGGCAGCAACUCUCGGCCCUCGGCUUUGGGACCCAUGUGAGCUGACGGAGGCACAGGAAAGGGAUCUCCUUCAGAACCUGUCCUUCAUGAAUGCAGCUGCUGCACCACUUGCUGGAAAGAAUGUCCUGGACAAGCUGAUCCGGGAAAGCGAUGUCGCCCUUCCACUGUUGGAUCUGCUGAUGGCCCUGGAAGUGCACACUGCCGACGCCGAAGUGGCCAAAAGCCAUCUGGACCAGUAUCUCACCGCGCUUCGACAGGCUACAAGGCAAGUCGCUCAUCCUCUGCUGCUCCUGGCACUGCACCGUGUGGAGGACUUGGAUUUGGUGCCGGUGUUGCAGCGCUUCCCUUCCAUUGCAUCCCUGCUUACCCGCCGCGAGAAGGAUGCAAUGCUUGAGGAAUCCUCAGACGACCCGGCUGAAGUCUGGGAGGGCCUGAGGAGCCAAGGCUGCGCUUCCGCUGCCAUGGAGGAGCUUCUUUCCUUGACUGGACUCAAGAAGGUGAAGAUGGCGGCCGUAAGCCUUUACAGGUCGGCCCUGAAGUUCCGGCGCAUGCCGCGGGAAGUCCAAAAGAUUCUUCCGCUGAAUUUGAAUUUCUGCUUCCUUGGAAACCCGGGCACCGGGAAGAAGACGGUGGCGCGCUUGUUCGCCUCCGUUUUGGAUGACUUGGGCCUGCGGGGCAAGAAUGUCUUCAGGGAGUGCACGGCAGAACAGCUGAAGGAGGAGGGCGUGGAAGGUUUUUGGAGGCGAGCUCGGGACGCCCUGGAUGGAGUUUUCUUCAUUGAUGAGGCGUACGGCCUGGAUCCGGUGGGGGACAAGGUGAAGGGCGCCCCGUUAGUCGAUCAACUCUUUUACCUGGUGGAUAGCAGGCGUCACACGUGCGUUCUGGCCGGACACGAGGACGACAUGAACUCCACGAUUUUCGCGUACAACAGCGCCCUGAAGCAUCACUUCAACGAAGUCCUGUUCGAAGAUUUCGACGAGACGGAGCUGGCUCAGAUUUGGGCGCGCAUGCAUUGCCAGCGUGGUUGGAGUGAGGGGGAUCUGCGGCUUACAGAUGAUGUCCUGCGCAGGAUGGCGAGAGGCCGUGGAAAGAGAGGCUUUGGCAACGCCAGAGAGGUGAGGAAGUACCUGGAGGUAUUUGGGCCCCCGGAGGGCACACCAGCUGCUGCCACCGAGGCCCUCGACUUGCCGGCUCCCGCAGGGGAGGAGUGA